AUGUCAGACCAAGAUCUGAUUGUAACAAGGAAAAGCAGAGAAGAAAACCCUGGAGUAAUCUUUGAAAGUGAUUCUAAUUAUGUUCAAAAUAUCUUUUCUUCGAUAUUCAAAUAUGUAUUCAUCAUUGCAGGCUCAUUAAUUAAUUCUGUUGCUAGAUGUCUUAUAUUUAACGUCAUGGUACUUUUUGGCGUUAGAGAUAGAGUUAAAGGGGCAUGUGAUAAUGUUUUAAAUAUACAACUUAGUAUAAUUGAAAUUAUAGUAUUCGGGAAUAUUUUUCUCUUUCGUUUUCUUUGUAAAAUAACUGGAACAAGAAUAAAACAAAACGAUGAUUCUGAUGAUAAAUAUGAUAAAUAUGAUAAUAGGGGUUAUUUAAGAUACAGUGAGAUACAUCGUCAGUACUGGAGCCACGGAGAUAUCACAUACAAGGAUGAGGAAGAUGCAUACUCUGUUUCUACGAAUAUAAGGCCAAUAACAAAAUUCCUUGAUAUAGAGAAUGUCGAAACAGUCCCAUGUAACGACGUGAGAAAUAACCACUCAUAUGAAACGCAUGCUAAUAAUGAAAAUGUAGAAAAUGCAUUUUCUACUGCAGAUGUUGAAGGUCAUAAAAGGUAUUUUUCAUUUUAUAGAAAACAGAAGAAAGUGGGAGAUUCACAAUCCCUCAAAUCUUAA